AUGAAUUCUUCGCGCAACACCACUUCUUUUGACGACAAAAUGCAUUCCUCGGAGCGGUCGGACUCAACCGAUCGAGAGCGACUUCUCGUGGACGAGGAAAAUCCUCACUGGUCGCAUGGCAAGGAUAGCUGGAGAUCGGGUCAUGGACGAUGGUUGAACAUCCUCGCCGUCUUCUUCAUUGCCGUAUUGUCGUGCCUGGUGGGUGUGUUCAUCGGCCACAACCAAGGUGGCUUAGACGAGGCGUGUACGCGGCGUGUCACCCAGCAUUCGCCUGUCAUCUCCCACGUCGGGCUCGACUAUCACCGCGAACGAUUCAACGGAUCGCUCCUCAAAGAAAACAUCUUCCGCCAGGAUGCCAGCCCGGAGGUGGAUGAAGCCUGGGCAUCGAUCGGUGCUAAUUACCGAGCCAUCCGCGUCCCAGCCGAGGAAGCCGAGAAAUCGGGACUCGCCGCCGACCAGGUCAAGAUCAGCGAGAAAUACGGCGGUGGCUAUCCUGCCAAUGUUGAAGGAUUGCACCAUCUGCACUGCUUGAACCUGCUGCGCCAGUCGCUUUACUACAACUACGACUACUAUCAUGAUCUUGGCACCGGCGCCUUCUCCAACAACGAAUUCAUCGUGCGACGUCACGUCACACACUGUCUCGAUAUCCUCCGCCAGCAGCUGAUGUGCAGCGUCGACGUCGGAGUCCUGGGCCAAGUCUGGGUUCACCCCGACCACCCCGAGCCAUUCGUCGACUUCAACACGGAGCACAAGUGUCGCAACUUCGACGAGAUCCGCGAGUGGGCGCAGCAGAACCAGCUGCCCGAGACAGUGCCCUCGGAUUUCCUGCAACCCCCGAAGAUGGGGGAUCGGGUGUUUGAGGCUAUUCCGUGA